UAGCGAUCAAGUCGCUGGAGCCAUGGCAAUCGGGAGCCGCUGUUUCUUUCAGUUGGCUAACACCGCGCGAGACGCUUGGACGCAACGGUAACAAGAGCAGCGCAGCAAGACAAUCCCGGACAAACAGAUCCCAAGCUGAUCGAAUAAAGUGUGUGAGCGUAUGUUAUAGAGAGAGAAAGAGAGUGAAAGAGAGAGAGAGAGAGAGAGAGUGAUAUAGAGAGAGAGAGAGACCGAGCGUAUAGCCGGCAUCAAUCCGUCAAGUGCUUAAGUCAACUCUCGCCGCUGUUGUUGUUCGACCAAAUGUGUGAAAUUAGCGCGUGAGGAAGUGCGGCGACAGAAGAAGAGAACGAGAAAGAAAAGGGUCAGCAAGAGGCACAUCGCACAAUCCUUCCAUUCCAUUGCUAGGCACAACGAAGGGUCUCGCACAUCACACACACACGCAUACAAACUAAAGUCGUGUCCCAGCUAUGUCGGAGGCUGCCACGCCCACGACAACGACGCCUGCUUACGACGACCCAACCGCCGAGGCGGCCGAGAAGGCACUCUGCUUCCGUGGCAUCUGGGCCUGGUUGGUGCUCCUGUUGCUGAUCUUCCUGUGCAUCGCGUUCGUCAUGUGGCUGCUGCGCAAGUGCAUCCAAGGUCCGGUCUAUCGCAAGGCGAACCGCAUCGACGGCAAGGUGGUCAUCGUGACCGGCUGCAACACGGGCAUUGGCAAGGAGACGGUGCUGGAGCUGGCUCGGCGCGGCGCCAAGAUCUACAUGGCCUGCCGCGAUCCGGCACGCUGCGAGGCCGCUCGCAUUGAGAUCAUCGAUCGCACCCAGAACCAGCAGCUGUUCAAUCGCAGCCUCGACCUGGGCUCGCUGGACUCCGUGCGCAACUUUGUGGCGCGCUUCAAGACGGAGGAGACGCGCCUCGACCUGCUGAUCAACAAUGCCGGAGUCAUGGCCUGCCCGCGCACCCUGACCGCGGAUGGCUACGAGAUGCAGUUGGGCGUCAAUCAUCUGGGCCACUUUCUGCUCACCAAUCUGCUGCUGGAUCGGCUCAAGCAGGCGGCGCCCAGUCGCAUUGUGGUGGUCAGCUCGGCGGCUUAUCUGUUCGGCCGCAUCAAUCGCGAGGAUCUGAUGAGCGAGCGCAAGUACAGCAAGUUCUUUGGCGCCUACAGCCAGUCGAAGCUGGCCAACAUCCUGUUCACGCGGAAGCUCUCGAUGCUGCUGAACGGCACCGGCGUCACGGUGAACUGUUGCCAUCCGGGCGUGGUGCGAACGGAGCUGAAUCGUCACUUCGCCGGGCCCAACUGGACGAAGAGUGCCCUGAAGGUGCUCUCGCUGUAUUUCUUCAAGACGCCGCGUGCUGGGGCCCAGACUUCGCUGCGUCUGGCGCUGGAUCCGGCGCUGGAGGGCUCGUCGGGCAACUACUACUCCGACUGCAUGCGCUUCCCACUCGUGCCCUGGGCUCGGGACAUGGACACCGCCGACUGGCUGUGGCGCGAGAGCGAAAAACUCGUCGGCCUGCCGCCCAUCCAGAGCGACUCCAGCAAUCAAAAUGGCCAGAACGGCAGUGGAGCGCGUCCAGCUGCUGCUACGGCCGCUUCAGCUGCAGCUCCGUCUACAGCUCCGGGUGACUCGGUGGAGACUGUUGUGGUGGAUCGGCCUUCCAGUUAGAAGAAUGGAGUGCUUCAACUGUCAU